ACCGUAGACCAUUCAAUUCGAUAUUUCUUAGCAUAGUAUUUAUCAUCUCUCCAUUGACUUGUUAGCAAUAGCAUAGUUGAGCAAAGAACUAGAUCUUCUAUUCCUGACUCAAAUAGCCUUGUGAAUCACUGAGAUCCUUUUUGCUUGUUUGUUUGUGUUCAAUUAAUUGAUUAAUAUCAUGGCAGCACAGCAUUCUGUUGGUGGGGCAUUUCUAUCGUCUGUGUUUCAAGAGAUUCACCGGAGGUUAGCUUUAACAAGAUAUUACAGAAACUACUACGAUGAAGAGGUGGCGAAAAAGCUAGAAAUCACACUGAGUUCUAUCAAUGAAGUUCUGGAUGAUGCAGAGACAAAGCAGUAUCAAAACCCAGAUGUGAAGAAAUGGCUUGAUGAUCUCCAACAUGAGGUAUACGAAUUAGAGCAACUACUGGAUCUGAUUUCUACUGAUGCUCUGCAACGAAAGGGCACAGUACAACGCUUUGUUUCAGGUUUUAUAAAACGAUCUCCAUAUAAAGUAUUGCUACAGAGGCUACAGUUUCUUGCAUGGCAAAAGGUUAUAUUAGGACUUCAAGAAGAAGCAACUCGUGAUAAUCAUGUAUGGGAGAAUCUAUCAACUACUAGAUCUUUGGUGGAUGAAUCUUCCAUAUAUGGUAGAUAUCAUGAGAAAGAGGAAAUAAUCCAUUUUUUACUUGCAAAUAGUGACAAUGACAACCAGGUAUCCAUAAUAAGUAUAUUGGGUCUGGGUGGGAUGGGUAAGACAACCCUUGCCCAGCUAGUUUUCAAUGACCACAGGAUGACGGAGCAAUUCGAAAUUAAAGCUUGGGCCAAUGUUUCGGAAUCUUUUGAUCUUGUUGGUCUCACCCAAUCAAUUCUCUGGUCCUUUCAAUCAUUUCAAUCCCAUAAUGAAGACUUGGAAAUACUCCAACAUCAAUUGCAACAGUGUCUAACGGGCAAGAGAUAUUUGCUUGUUCUAGAUGAUAUUUGGAGCAAAGAUGGGAAUAUGUGGGAGCAUUUACUACUUCCUUUUAGCCGUGGAUCUUCUCAAGGUAAGGUCAUCGUCACAACGCGUGAUAAGGAAGUAGCAUCAAUCAUGGGAUCCACGCGCCUACUUCAUUUAAAGCAAUUGGAGGAGAGUGACUCUUGGAGUUUAUUUGUGAAAGAUGCUUUUCUAGGUAGGAAUGUCGAUCAAUAUCCAAAUCUUGAAUUGAUAGGCAAGAAAAUAGUAGAAAAGUGUGGAGGGGUGCCUUUAGCUCUGAAAACAUUGGGGAUUAUCUUGCAAACAAAAUUAUCUCAAUCUGAAUGGGUUGAGAUAUUGGAGACUGAUUGGUGGCAUUUACCCAAGAGUAACAGCAACAUUAACUCCAUACUGAGAUUGAGUUACCUUAACCUCCCUUCCAAUGUGAAACGUUGUUUUGCUUAUUGUUCUAUAUUUCCCAAGGGCUAUGAGUUUGACAAGGGUGAAUUAAUCAAGCUUUGGAUGGCAGACGGUUUGCUCAAGUGUUGGGGAAGACACAAUAGCGAAGAAGAGUUAGGUAAUGAGUUCUUCAAUCAUCUAGUGUCGAUAUCAUUUUUCCAACAAUCAGUAAUGCCAACACGGACUGGUAAGUACUACUUCAUCAUGCAUAAUAUUGUCAAUGAUUUGGCGAAAUCAGUUUCAGGAGAAUCCCGCUUACGAAUAGAGGGUGACAAUGUGCAAGAUAUCCCUGAAAGGACGCGUCACAUCUGGUGCUGCCUUGAUUUGAAAGACGGUGAUAGAAAACUAGAGCAUAUUAGUAAAAUUGAGGGACUGCACGGUUUAAUGGUAGAAGCACAGGGCUAUGGUGACCAACGCUUUAAGAUAAGCACCAAUGUGCAGCAAAAUUUGUUUUCAAGACUAAAAUAUUUGCGGAUGUUGUCUUUCUCUGGUUGCAAUCUCUUAGAACUAGCUGAUGAAAUAAGAAAUUUAAAGCUUUUGCGCUAUCUAGACCUUUCUUACACUGAGAUUACAAGCUUACCUAAUUCCAUUUGUAUGCUGUAUAAUUUGCAUACACUCUUAUUGCAACAUUGUUUUAAACUGACUGAGCUCCCUUCAGAGUUUUACAAACUCAUCAAUUUACGUUAUCUUAAUUUGGAAGGCACUCGUAUGAAAAAGAUGCCAAUGAAGAUAGGAAGGUUAAACAAUCUUCAGAUGCUGACUGAUUUUGUUGUGGGAGAGCAGUGUGGAUUUGAUAUUAAGCAGUUCGCGGAACUCAACCAUCUUCAAGGAAGGCUUCAAAUUUCUGGGUUGGAAAAUGUCAUUGAUCCAGCAGAUGCCGUGGCAGCAAAUUUGGAAGAUAAGCAACAUUUAGAAGAAUUAAGUAUGUCAUACGGUGAAUGGAGAGAAAUGGAUGGCUUAAUAACGACAUCACAUGCCUCUGUCUUGGAGGCUCUUCAACCAAAUAGAAAGCUCAUGAGGCUCACCAUCAAAAGCUACAGAGACAGCAGCUUACCAAAUUGGCUUGGGGAUCGUCAUUUACCCAAUUUAGUAUCUCUUGAAUUGUUGGGAUGUAAACUUCGUUCCCAGAUGCCACCACUUGGGCAGUUCCCCUCUCUCAAGAAGCUUUGCAUUUCAGGCUGUGAUGGAAUAAAGAUCAUUGGUACAGAGUUUUACGGCUCUAAUUCAUCAAAUGUUCCAUUUAGAUCACUUGAAACUUUGCGGUUUGAGCACAUGUCUGAAUGGAAGGAAUGGUUAUGUCUUGAAUGUUUCCCAUUGCUUCAAGAGCUUUGUAUAAAACAUUGUCACAAGUUGAAAAGUGCCCUGCCUCAACACCUUCCUUCUUUGCAAAAAUUGGAGAUUAUUGAUUGCGAAUUGUUGGAGGCUUCAAUUCCCAAGGCUGAUAAUAUCAGUGAGCUAGAACUAAAGAGAUGUGAUGAAAUUUUGAUAAAUGAAUUGCCAUCCAGCUUGAAAAAGGUCUUUCUUUGUGGAACUCGGGUCAUUCAAUCUUCACUAGAGAAAAUUAUAUUGAACAGUGCCUUUCUUGAAGAGUUGGAAGUUGUAGACUUCUUUUGUCCAAAUCUAGAAUGGUCAUCUUUGGAUUUUCUUAGCUGUAAUUAUCUUCACACUCUAACUAUGACAUGUUGGCACGCUUCAUCCUUGCCUUUUGCACUACACUUGUUCACCAAUCUUAAUUCUCUCGUGUUGUAUGAUAGUCCAUGGCUGGAAUCGUUUUUCGGGAGGCAGUUGCCUUCCAACUUAUCCAGCCUCAGAAUAGAAAGAUGCCCUAAAUUGAUGGCUUCGAGAGAGGAGUGGGGUUUGUCACAACUCAAGUCUCUGAAACAAUUCAGUGUUAGUGAUGAUUUUGAAAUCUUGGAGUCCUUUUCGGAGGAUGGUUUGCUGCCAACAACUAUAAACUCUCUUGAAUUGAUAAACUGUUCGAACCUAAGAAUAAUAAACUACAAUUGUCUUCUCCACCUCACUUCACUUGAAUAUCUAUAUAUUGAAGACUGCCCUUGUCUUGAAAGCUUACCAGAGGAGGGUCUACCCAGCUCCCUUUCUACUUUGUCCAUUCAUGAUUGUCCAUUAAUUAAGCAGCUGUACCAAAAGGAGGGAGGCGAGCGUUGGCGUACAAUUAGUCACAUCCCUUCUGUGACAAUUUCCUGAUUGGUGGCUGAGAUGAUGAUAGGUUAUUGUAGUCAGUGCACGGUGAUUGUGAUAUAUGAUGCAAUGGUGUUUGAUGAAUGGCACGACCACUGCUCUCACGUGCAACCAGAAGCGGUGGCUGUUUGUUCAACUGCCACAAAGCUCAGGCAUGGUCCAAUCGUAAGCUCCGCAUUUGGAUUAUUUUUAAUUUUAAUUUUCCAUAUAGAGACUCUUUUAUUCUUGAGAUUUUGUAUCCCUUUUUUGGGGUCUCUUUAGCAUUAAUUGUCAUUUUUUCAUUAUGUGUCUGCCAAGUUACGAAAAAACCUGAGACUAGACAAACGAUAUAGGAGAAUAACUUGCGCCGACCAAUUAUGCUUAUAUGAACCUUCAAAAGGAGACACAAUUUGCAGAAGUGUAUCCGAAAAUACUAACAACAAAAACAUAUGAUCUUAUUGAGAAACAGUGACAUUUUGUAGGAAUUGAGAGCUAUUUGCAGAAGUAUAUCCGAAAAUACUAACAACAGAAACAUAGGAUCUCUCCUUUAGUAAUUAAUCAACUUAUCAUGUACCUAUUUACAGUUUGGUUAUUUAUUAUAAAUUUGUUCAGAUACAGUAUUGAUGUUUAUGACUGAAGCGACUUUGUUUGUUGCAUUCUGCUUCAAUCGGAUAUUUCAAUUAUUUACUAUAUCAUAAAAUAAUCUCUAAAAUCUGAUCAACAAGCUUAGUUAUGUGCUUUAUUGAUAACUUCAGUUUAAUAUUUACUGACAAAAUUUUCUUACUUCUCUCUAUGUUAGCUUUGAAUUUUAGUUUUUAGUUUUUUGAAGGACUCAAAUUUUUACUACUAUUGAGCAAUCUUUUAUUUAAGAGAUUAAAGGAUAUGCAAUUUUAGUGUAAAGUUGUUUCACAUUGGCAUCAAUUUGCCUUUUCUUUUUUUGAUUGGUUGUUGGUCUAAAAUAACUUUACACUCAUGUUUUUUUUUUUCGGUUACCUUUACACUCAUAAUUGUGACAGUGAAUGUUCUUUAAUCUCUUUAUUUGACCUCUUAAAAAAAAACUCUAUUUGAAAAAAAAAGUGAUUCAUAUUAACAGUUUGAAGUUUCUAAUGUUUUUUCCUGUCUGUUUUUAAUGCAGCAUAUUCUUUUUAGACAUGAAUUUCUUGAAAGAACUGAUUAAGCACACACCACUAACCAAGCACCAACUUCAAAUUAUAAACAGCAGGGUAAUCUUGUAAGGCCUCAAAGAGAAGCCAAAAGAAAGGUCAUCCCUAAUGAUUUUAUGGACACAAGUUAGUUGAAUUGAAGCUCUUGUCUUACAAAGUUUCAACAAAAUGGACAAGAGAAAUGGUUGAUUUUGUUACCACUCUACCCCAUAAUUGUCUCCUUAUAAACACAAACAUGAACUUUGCUUGUUUUUUAGUGGUUGGUUAGCAUUGCCAGGAAAAUUUUACGAAGAUAUUCCAAAACAAUAUUGGGAUUCAUGUGGUAGCCCCUAUAAUUGGGGAGUUCUCUUUGAAUGAAAAACAAACAGACAAGUCGAUGUCUAGGAAGUGAUUCCAAUAUGUUAUACUCUCUAUGGAACAAAUAAUAUUGUGAUAAGCUUCAUUCCAUGGUGCAUUAUCAUUGGUCAUUAGUUAGAGCGUUUUGGAAUUAUAUAAUAGUGUGAUAAGCAAGAUAGAGGAAGGAAACAAGUACUAUCAUGCCAAAACUUUGUCACAAACUGCACACUCUCAUAGACAUCAAGUUUAUUAUAUACUAGAUUAUAUCUUUCUAGAAGGAA